CCAAGAGUCAAGAAGAAAACCCUCCACUCGAAUUUCAACUGUGUGUAUGCACGGAAGAAAAGGAUGCUGCGAGCUCCGACUCCAACCAGUCAUUCAAAUCAAGCCACACCAGAAAUGGAGCAGCCGCCGCCGCCGCCGCCGCCGCCCCAGUUGAGGUCUUCUUCUUCCUCAGUUUUCAGAAGCCACCACCAUCACUUUCAUCCUUCUCGACCUGCCAUCCUUGAUCUCUUCAACCUCUACUUAGGACUGAAAAAUUCUGGGCAAAAAUCAGAUGAUUCUAUUAGAGAACCUCCGUAAGUGUUGUCUUUUCUUUCUGACAUGUAAAAUUUGGCUGUAGUUUGAAGCACUAUUUUGCGCAUGA